UGUUAUCCCCACAAAAUUAUAAAAUUGUUCUCUCUUUCCCUCCAAAAUAAAUAUAGCGAACGCAAAAUCCAAACAGCCCCUUACAUACCCCUACACCCAACCUUCGUCGGCGCCCAAUGUUCCGUCGACACAACCAUACUGAUAACCCCUCACCGAUCGCUUCUGCUAACCCUAAUUCCUCCACUAUUUCUCAUUCCUCCGCCGCCGACGUUGACGCCUUCUCACCUUCCGGCACCAUGUCCGACGACGACCACAUAGCUCCUCCCUUCUCCAAUAACAACUCGCCGUCUCAGUCGCAGUCACCGUCGCCGUCGAGGUCUCCGCCACCUUGUACGGACAACAAGCUACUAGCACUGCCUCCACCUCCAACGCUUACGCCUGCGUCGGUGUCAGCUCGGACACCAGUUUUUCCAGCUCGAGAAGAUUGCUGGUCAGAGGCAGCGACUCAUACGUUGAUAGAGGCAUGGGGUUCCAGGUAUGUGGAGCUUAAUCGGGGAAAUCUCAGGCACCAGCACUGGGAGGAAGUCGCCGAUGCGGUAAACGCACUGCACGGCCAUACCAAAAAGCAGUAUCGUACGGAUAUACAGUGCAAAAACCGCAUUGAUACCUUGAAGAAGAAGUAUAAGAUUGAGAGGACUAAAGUGUCUCAAUACCCCGGCCGUUAUAUCUCCACGUGGCCUUUCUUCAGCAGCCUCAACGUCCUCAUUGGUGUCACCGUUAAAGUUCCGCCGCCGGCGGCGGCGGCGGCAACGUUACCUCCUCAACGGAGAACAACGCCAACGCCGGUAACGUCACCUCUUCAAUGGAGACCGCCACCGCCGGAAACGUCACCUCUUCAAUGGAGAACGCCACCGCCUGAAAUGCCACCUCUUCAAUGGAGAACUCCACCGGUGCUUCCUCCGACCCUGUUGGGCAUACCAGUUUGUCCCCGAUCGAAGCGCCCAGCUGCAGCCAUGGACUACACGGUUUCCCGGAGAAAUUUCUCGGCCAUGGCAGCAGCAGCAGCGGCUGCGUCUGAUGAUUCAGACGAUGAAAAGGAGGAAUCGGAGACAUCGAGUGUGGCAGCAUCAGCUAUGGCCAUUGCUGCUUGUAGAAGCAAGAAAAAGAGGAGUGGGGGUUUGGUAGAGGGCUAUAAGAUGCUAGCUGAGUCAAUAGGAAGGUUUUCAGAGAUAUAUGAAAGAGUAGAAAAGGCAAAACAGAGACAAAUGGUGGAGUUAGAGAAGCAAAGAAUGCAAUUUGCAAAGGACCUGGAGAUACAGAGAAUGAAACUGAUUAUGGAGUCACAAGUGCACCUUGAAAAGCUUAAACGCUCUAAAACGCAGUUCAGAAGAUGAUAAUUUCUUGUAGAUGGAGAGUGGUGGCAUGCUCUAUAAUCUUAUCCUGAUCUUUUUUGGAAGCUAUAUAUAUAUAUAUAUAUAUAUAUAUUUUGAUUAGCGUCUUCAUACAUAACCAAUCUGCUACCUUGAAGAUGAAUCAGAGAUGUUAGUUCCACGCUUGGUCGUUGCUCAAGAACUUGUAUCUAGCUGCUUAAAAAUCUGGAGUAAUUUUGUAACUUUUCUCUAGAUUACAUGUUUUUUGCACUCCAGCUAGGUGAAAAUGUUGACUUGAGACUUUACCGUGUUCCUAGUUAUAUAUUAUUCUAAGCUUCAAGCUGUUUUGAUGACUAUCUGUGCACUACAUAGAUGCAUGAAGGUUUAAACUUUAGUACA